UGCUCAGCACUUUACCAUAUAAAGGGAGACAAUACAGCAACAAUACAGUCCAUGAUGGGCACAGGGGCGGACUGACAACUCAUGGUGCCCCCAGGCAAUAGGGGAUCAUGGGGCCCCUGUGUCCUUGCCCAAACUCAAAAAAGCCUAUGAAAAAGGUACCAGGGGCAUCUCGAUGGGGCCCCCUAUUGACCCCCGGGCCCUCGGGCACUGCCCGAGUUUCCAAUGGUCAGUCCGCCCCUGGAUGG